AUGGAAUACGGGAUAAAAUUGUCAAAGGAUGAUCCGAAAGAGUUCAUAGAUGAAAGUAUGUAUAGAAGUCUUGUAGGAAGUCUAAUGUAUUUGACAAAUACUAGACCGGACAUUAUGUUCGCAGUGAGUAAAAUAAGUAGGUUUAUGGAAACUCCUAAAAGAAGUCACUGGGAAGCAGCUAAACGCAUACUCAAAUAUGUUAAAGGAACUCUCGAUCAAGGAAUUAUAUACUCCAAGGGUGGAAAACAGAAACUAGUAGGCUUUAGUGAUAGUGACUAUGCAGGCAAUGUGGAUGACAGUAAAAGUACAUCAGGAUAUAUUUUCCACCUAGGAUCUGGACCUAUAUCUUGGCAAUCAAAGAAACAAAAGGUAGUUGCACUCUCUUCAACGGAGGCAGAAUAUAUGGCUCUAACCCUAGCCGGAUGUCAGCUAUAUGGUUAA